UGUUACCUGUUAGAGUCUGUUGGUUGUCACAAGGGAUGGGAAAACCUUACCACCAUAACCACCACCCGCGUGUUGUUUACCCAGCAGGCUGAGAAAACUUUACUACCACGACUACCAUCUGCGUGUCGCUUGGCCCGCUCGGCUGCAUCUUGGUCAAGCUUCUCGUUGAAUUGGCUGUCCGAGAUACUUUCAUAG